AUGCCGAUCACAGCACUCCAAAGGGACACGAACUCUGUGUCUCCAGUACAGCCUUCGUCGUAUGAAGAGGCUCUAGCUAAUGCUGAGCCGGGUGAGACAAUAGCAACAACCAAAGAAGAGGAAUGGGUGACGCGGAAGACGAGCGAAGUGACGACAACGCGUCAGAUUGCGACGCGGGUUAAACGAGAAGUGGUUUUGGAGGAUGGGCGCAUCCUCCGCGACUCUGGACCAAAGAUAUCUACCUCCGUCAAUGAGGACACACAUACCACCAACUUUCAACAAACUGAGCAUCGAGUACCUGAAGAACAAACAGAAGAUGAUUCUACACAUGCAGUUGGAGUGGGAUUACCUAACGAAAACCUGGAUGCCCUAGACUCGGCUCCCGAUGGAACCAUUGCUCCAAAUGGUACGAAAGUCUUGGUAUCAUCACAAAUAGUUGCCAAUCCAGAUGGCAAAGUUCGAGAGAGCCACGAGCGAAAGGUUCUCACCAGAAACGUCACGGAGCGAGUGAGGGAAACAGAGGAGAAGAUACACACCGGAGACACGACACACGAGGAUUCAAAAUUAAAUAAAAGGCUUUUGGACAAUUUUAAACCGCACCAGUUUUGUCUUGUAAAAUCCAUCCCCAAAUUCUUAGUUUAA